AUGAGCGUCUCUUCCUUCAUGAUCAUCGUCCGCAAGCACAGCGAAUACGCCGUCAUGGGUCUCUUCGGCGUCGUCAUCACCCAAGCCCUCGGCUACGGCCUCAUCUUCGACCUCAACUUCUUCCUGCGUAACCUGUCGGUCAUGGGAGGUCUGUUGAUGGUACUCUCCGACAGCUGGGUGCGCAAGCGCUUCGCCCCCGCCGGGCUACCCACCCUCGACGAAAAGGACCGCAAGAUGUACUUCCAGCUUGCCGGACGCGUCUUGCUCAUCUUCCUGUUUGUGGGCUUCGUCUUCGCUGGCGAGUGGAGCUUUGGAAGAGUCGUGGUUAUUUUGCUGGGCGCUGUUGCUUGUGUUAUGGUUGUUGUUGGCUUCAAGGCAAAGUGGAGUGCUGUGAUGCUUGUUGUCAUCCUCAGUGUGUUCAACUUGCUCGUCAACAACUUCUGGACUGUAAGUUUCUUUGGAGCCCACUCUUUGUUCUGCGAUUUUCUUGUAUUGACUAACGCUUUUUCUAGUNUGCACCACAACCACCCUCACAAGGACUUCGCUAAGUACGAUUUCUUCCAAAUCCUGUCGAUUGUUGGUGGUCUUCUCCUCUUGGUCAACAUGGGUCCCGGCCAGUUCAGUGUCGACGAGAAGAAGAAGGUUUACUAG